AUGAAGCCUCAGAAUCCAGCAAGAGCAUUACGCUCUAUACGAGGUUAUCUAUCGCCAAAUUUGCAGCGCCACUCUCUCUCAAGAAGCACAUCACUUCGGCUAGCUCCAGCAACAGCUUCGCAGGCCUUCUCGUCCACCACGUCUCGACACCACAACCCCACCAACUCAACCGUCGACCCCACAGAAGUCUCCCACUUCAAUGCCCUCGCAUCGAGUUGGUGGGAUCCCCACGGACCCUCGCGCCUCCUCCACCUCAUGAACCCUCUCCGCCACGGCUUCAUCACACAAUGCCUAUCCAGCUCCCCCCCAGCCUCGCAUAAGCUCCGAUUCCUAGACGUUGGCUGCGGGGGCGGUAUUUUCGCCGAGUCUGCUGCACGACUCCCAAGCACACUCUCCGUCACCGCGAUCGACCCCACGCCAGAAGUGCUUAAGAUCGCAGAGGGACAUAAGAAGAGAGACCCGAUACUGGCAGCGCCGGGCAAGCUGACGUACCUAAAUACGUCGAUUGAACAGCUUCCGCGCCCGAAGACACCGACAGAAGCAUACGACGUCGUGACGCUCUUCGAGGUCCUAGAACAUGUCCAUGCGCCCGGUCCGUUUCUUGAACAACUGUUACCGCAUGUGAAACCAGGUGGGUGGCUGAUCAUGAGUACGAUUUCGAGAACGUGGACGAGCUGGUUUAUUACGAAUGUCAUGGCGGAAGAUGUGUUGGGUAUGGUGCCGAAGGGGACGCAUGAGUGGAGCAAGUACGUGAACGAGGAGGAGUUGAGGUCGUGGUUUGCGAAGCAGCCGGGAUGGGGGAGUGCGAAGAGCUUAGGGACCAUGUACAUACCCGGCCUAGGGUGGAAGGAGGUGAGUGGGGGAGAGCAGUGGGGAAAUUAUUUCUUUGGGGUGAGGAGGGAUGCGUAG